AUGCUGCAAGGCCCCGAAGGCUUUGUUCGACUACCCAAUGAGCAUCAGUUGUUCGCCUCUCCUCCGCGGACAACGCUGUCUCUGCAACCCCUAGGCUCUAGCGCCAGCAAGGAUUCUUUUUCCAUGCAAAGCAGCGCCGGUCGAGUCUACCUGACAAAUCAGAGGAUCGUCUACAUUCCCGCGCAACAAACGAAAGAGUUUCAAUCGUUUUCCACACCAUUACUCAAUGUCCAUGACGCCCAUGUCACUGCACCAUUCUUUGGGCCCAAUGCAUGGUUGGCGCUAGUCCAACCGGUAUCUGGAGGAGGCAUCCCUGCGUCGUUGCCUGCUGUGCAGCUCAAAGUGACAUUCAAAGAGGGAGGGGCGUUUGAUUUCCACAACAAUUUCGAAAGAAUCAAAGAGCGUCUACAACAGGCUGUCGAGAAUACGCAGGCGAGCAGUCGAGGCGCCCGGAAUGUUGACAUGUCUGCAAUCCACCUCGACGAGCUACCUGCGUACACCGGCCCAUCGGGUGGCACAACCGCAGCAGACCACAGUACCGCACAGCAACCUGUAAGCCCACAGUCUCAACACACAGGGCCAGAGGCGGGAUCGGAGCCGAUGGAGCCACCACCGGAUUAUGAAGAGGUGCAGCAGCAGAGUGUGGCGGAAGCGCUCGAGGAGAGACUGCGUCGAGCCAGUUGA